CGCUUUGUCGUUGUUGUGCAUUUGCUCCCGUGUUUUACCAAUGAUCAUCUCUUGGAUUUUCCAACACCAACAGAAUCAUGGUAGCCGACGUGCCUACCUACUUUGCUCAAGUAGCUCCCUGCCUUGGAACAUCAACCCGUUCAAAUGAACUCCAGAGCCAACAGCAGCAGCCAAGACGGCAGGCAUACACGUUCUUACGGCCCGAAGAUUUUGCCAAGUCCGCGGCAACCAGCACUGACGCUGGUGAGAAACCGGUGAAGAAUCUAUGCCAUCCCAGUACUCACGACGAACAGGGCGUCAAUCAUAUGGUGUGCCGCCCCUCGUGACGAAACUCCUUCGUCGCCCUGCAGUUUGGAGUCUAUGUGUCCAUAAUACCUGGUAAAUAGGCAGUGACGACAGACUCACGGCGACUGACUCAAUCUCAAUACUGACCCGGUCUUCCAGCACCACAGCCAACGAUGGCCAGAUUAUCGAACCAUGAGAUAAUGCGAUCUCAUAUGGACCUACAACGAACUACUUUGGGUACCUAAGUACCUACCCAAGUGACUUGCAUCGCUCCGCCUGCUCCGCCUGGCUGCUUACCGAGACGACCUUCGUCCGCCCGUCACCUCCCUCUUUCGUGCUCGUUUGCGUAGAUUACUGCUGACCGAGAAAACACCCACAGAAAAUCUGACACCUGAUGCUACGGUCCUUGCAGCUGCGAAAGGCUGAGGUUGGAGCUUGCUCCGGCGUGCGACCCCGGCCGCUAAGACACCACAAAGUGGGGGCCAUCCGGCCGCUUGGUGACGAGGGGUGUGCACGGUGCACAUUUUCCGCCUAGACGCGCUCGGGUUGGUCUGCCACCCCGCCGACGCGUCUGGUCGUCUGUUGUCGUUCAUGACGGAACGGAUACCGAUCGGCAUCAAUGUCGUUGUCGGGGCAUCACGACACUGCGCCCCGCCUGCAUCACCACAUGUAAUCGCAUUUCGUCUGAGCCAACAGCGGAGUCAAUAGAAACGAUUCACGUCCGUGGUCCGAUUAUUUUCGGCUAAAAUGGCUUCUCCCACCGACAACAUGUCCGUAGACCGACCAACUGACGACAUACCUCUCUUGAUCCGGGACCUCGUAGACGCCUCCGGCCUACCGGCCAAACGGCGCGCUACCAGCAUCAAGCCUACCGUGGAGAAGAUUGCGGCCUCGGCCUAUGAUAGCGGGCUGCUGCCCGAGCCCCUGAGCGAACUCAUCGACCUGCUGACGAGGCCGAACCAUCUGGACCAGGCAAGCUUGAACACGCUGGUGAAGAAUCUGUACCCUGCGACUCGACUAUCUGGCGAUGCCGUUUUGAGAGUGGUCGGAUGUCUGGGGCACGGUGAACUGAAGCCCUCGCUAGUCCUGCAAUCGAAUAUCCUCAAAUGGUUAAUUAUGGUCUAUCAUGUCAUCGAGAAGCCAGCCAUCCUGUCACAAGCAUAUGCUGUGCUGUUUAAUCUGCUCGACACAGCCGCCAUUCGAUCACAACUGUGUCACUUACUUGCCCUGAUAACGCGUCGGAAACAUGUCCGGCCCUUCCGACUUCAAGCGAUACUCAAUCUAUCGAGAAGCACAGGCAAUGACCCCGCCCUGACAGGGCUCCUCCGGGUCUACAAAGAUUACUACCCCGAAAUCAUUGUCAGCGAUGCAUUACGAGGUAGGGCAUCGGCCUUCAAGCAUCCUGACACGGAAUGGCGAGGGAGACUCGACCAGAUCCAAAGAGACCACUCGCAGCGCGCUGCUGAGGCGGCUGGCCAGCCUCGGAAUGGCUUCAGUGUCAAUCACCUGGCUUUGAGGGCCCGUGGCGGCAAAGCAUUUAAUCUUCCUUCUGUUCACACCUCAGAAGCUACAGAGAACUCUGUCACCCUGGAAGAGAUUGACAAUGCCGAUCGCCUUGCUCAGUCAAUCGAAAAGAUCGAGCUUCCCAAUCAGCUUGCAGCUGUGUUGGCGGAUCCUCUACUUCAGAAAUUCAUUGCCCUGAAAAAGGAUGAUGCGGUUUCGAAACGCGUAGUUCAUUGGAUCGAUGCCGUUCUCGGGGAUGUUCUCAACGGUAACGCCGACGACAAGCUGUUCAAGGACACAAUGGAGAUUCUCGAGGAAUACGUGUCGCGCGUCAAGGAAACGCCACCUGUCGUCUUGGGCUUCUUUGCCAAGCUCUUCACGACAUGGAACGGCGUGGAUGCCCGAGCCCCUAUCAUGAGCAUUCUUCAGUACGCACCGCUGGUAGCAUUUGAUGGGUUAUAUAUCACCAUCCUAAAACCCCUGGAAGAGUGCCUCCCUCCCACAUCCGAGUCUCAACUGGCUCUUCUCAGGCUCUAUGAAAAUCUCGUCCGCCGCUGGACCUUUGUCUUGCGUUCUUUCGACCAGAUACCCAUAGAUGCACCCUUCGACGCCUUUUACGACGUCAUGGAGCACGCAGGCAUCGUCGCCCUCAACCUUGUUCAAGCCUCCCCGAGUGUCGCUGUCCAUGGCGGCGUGCUUGAUCUCUACGAACAAGGCGCCGCCAGCAUCUCAGACCCAGUUCUCCAGCCCCUGCUCCGCAUUGCCAACCCACCAGCCGAGCUCGUCUAUCUCGUCUUCUUCAGCCACUCCCUCACCAACGUUUCGCGCCUAUGCACCGUCCUGGCCACGUACAAGAAAGGCUUCGAAUUGGCCAUGGCUAGGCGCCAACCGACGAUGUAUGCCCCGAAUUAUGUGAACCACUUUAACGGAUUCCUUAUGGACAUCUGCAACUGUCUCUGGCGUGGCAAGGCCUUCAAUGACGGUGACAAGAACGCGCUGGGCUGCCUUAACGCCCGUCCUGUCACCCUGCGCCUGCAAAGGUACGUCGAGGAUCUUGUCAUGGACCUCAUGCUGCCGACACUGUUUGGGUUUUCGUUCUCGCCAUUGUUGAGCUUCCAGGCCAUCGAAUGCAUCCGCGAGCUCGAAGACCGUGAGGUGGCAGCGGACGAAAACGCCCUCUCUACACGCCACGCCGGACCCGUCACUGCCAACAGUCUAGGCAGAUUGGCCGAGGCACGGGGUCUGCGCAUUACGUGGUCCGAGUAUAGGAUCAUUGUGCUGCGGGCGCUGGAGAGCAAGGGACUGGGCGGUAUCCCGGCGCUGAUGAAGAAUACGAUGAAGGUGCUCAUGAGCUCAAAAAGUGUUGCUUAGGGAUUGAUUUUGUGCAGUCUCUACUAGACAGGCUGGUGACGGACAUAGGCAUGAUACCCGUGGGGGAAUAGGGAUUUGUAAAAUCAAUAAAACGGAUUCUUACCGGCGUUCCAUGUUUCGCGAAUCUACAUCUGUCUAGUUGAGUCGACAGCGUCCCUCUGCCCAAACAUCGGACCCCCCUUUUUCGGUUGAAGACGCGGGGUAUCUCUUUAAAGCCAUGGAAAUCCUAAAAGAAAGCAAGCCACCUGUAUAGUAUGCCCGUUGUUGAACAGGUCUACGCAACCAAACGCCGCCGAAAAGGCCAGUUGAGAGUGCCCUCCCUCUUCACUCUGCUUUUGUUUUAUGGACUCUUGCCGAUCCCAUCACUCGACGAGCCUCCCUCGUAUCCCCGUGGUCCAAGUUGAAAGACACACCCCUAUGCCGAGUUGACCGGACCGUCAUCUCACGUUGAAUAAGAAUUUUUAAAAAAAAUUGACGCAAACGCCGUCCAGAAUGCAGUUGAGUGCCAUAGUCGCCGUUUCCUACACUCUUCCCACAAGAAGCAGUGUUAAAUGUUGAACGCACGUUCCGCCACCACCACCAUCAAGACCGAGCCUCCUCC